UCUCUGCAAUUUGUCUCAUAAUUUUAGUUAUUUCAACUGUAUAUCCAUUACUUUGAGCUAUUUUAAUCUUUUAACCAUUACUCUGAGUUAACUAUCUCUGUUUAUCCAUUAUAUUUACUAUUUUAAUAUCGCUGCCAUUUAUCCAUCUAUUUUUAACAUAUAUCCAGAACUUUAACUGUUUCAACGGAGAUAUUACAUUUCACACUCUUUAUUAUGACACAUGGUGUUCAGGUAUUAUAUCUGACUGCAUAUGGGAAUAUAAUCAAAUCAGAAUUUAAUUUUUCAAAUUAGUGGAGCUACUCCACAAUCUUAGGUUGGGAAUCAACAACACUCACACAAGUUCGAAGGUUGUGCAAGUGAUCUCUUUUCCUCACAAUCAAUUUGAUUUGAAAACUGCUGGGAAAUAAUGCUUCAUUACAUUACUGCAUUACAGUGGUGUUCCCUCUGCAAGGACAGUAAAGCAUUGUUGUUGUUGUUGUUGUUGUUGUUUUAUUUGGCCUCUUCCUCAUCCUCCCUAUUACUCAGACUGACCUGCACUGUAACCUCUGUAACUCUAUGGAUGAACAAGAUGUUUACUGCGGCGCAGCACACAACCAGGCCACAUUUCAGGUUUAUUUCUGCUGUUUCCUCUCUGUGUCUCCAUCUCUCAUAGUGACAUGAGGCUUAUGUGUGGGGGUGGGGUCAAAGAGGCUCAGUCUGAGGGAUUAUCAUUGUAGUCUGCACACCCACACACACACACACAUGCAAGUACACAUGCACACACGUGCACAGACAAUUUAGGCUGAAUUGGACGACUACUGAGUUUUUAAGCAUUAUCAACCCCACCCCCACCUUUAUGUAAGCACACACCCUGAGCAAAAGGGCUUUAAGCGCUGUCAUACACAUCAUCGCGUCCCAGAGCGUGUCAGGCGACCACCAAGGGACUGUGAGAGGAUCAUAACAUACUGUAGAUAUUGUAAUACUGCGUGGAUGCUGUAAACAGAGGCGGACAGAAGCAAAACACCAGUACGGCUGCUCUUUGAGUGUGUGUUAGUGUGUGUGUGUGUGACAUAAGUGGAGUAAAGGAGAUGAGAUCUUAGUGGACACCAGCCAGUGGAUCAGAAUCUGAUGGAGGGAGAGCCGGCCUAUUUCACUGGAGCCAGAGGAGGAAAGAGGGGCGAGAGAGUGUGCUCGCGAGAGGAAAGAAAGAGGAGGAAGACGUCUGGUGCAGUGGACGAGGGCCCAAUCGGCCAGCAGAAGCACCCAGACUGCUCAUCAGCUUCCAGUGUCUCCUAUGAUGACCGCAGUUCGGCAGCCAGUGGCCUGGACGUUGCCGACCGGCUGACCUACCUGGAGCAGAGGAUGCAGAUGCAGGAAGAUGAGAUCCAGCUGUUGAAGAUGGCUUUGGCUGACGUCCUCAAGAGGCUCAACAUCUCUGAGGAGCACCAGGCAGCUGCAGCCUCUGCUGCUGGCAGGAGAGCACCAGGCGCAAAAGCCCGACCAGUGUCUCUGGCUCUGCCCUCCAGACCGCCCAUGGUGACCUCCAGUGCUGCCUCCCUAAAGAAGAGCUCCACACUGCCCUCCAGCUCCACAGCCAGGAACUACAGCCCAACACCACCUCGCAGUGGUGUGAGGAGCCCACCAGGUAGUGUGAAGGAUGCUAAACGACCCACCUCUGCAGCCUCCUCCUGUAAGAAGCCUUCAGAAGGCAGCAAACCCAGGGAGGCUGCAGUAAAUGUAGGGACGAGGCGUGUGACACACUGCAAAGUGACUAUGCAGAUCUAUCUGAGCCCCCUCGCAAGAAAGACUGGGUCUUCUGAGACCGCCAAAUCCGCGGCCGCUGUGCCUGCCAACAGCGGGCCCGCGGCAACAUCCAACAAGCCUCAGGCGAAGGGGGGCAGCAAGCCGGAGUCGAAGAAGACAACCCCGUCCUUCACUUUGAACCUGCAGAAAACCACAACCAGCCAGAGCACGCAGCAGGACACAGCCAGCUACAAGAGCCCCCUCAAAUCGCCCAGCCAGUACUUUCAGAUUUGUUACUGAGGCAGGAGGAUAGAUUUGAUACGAACUUCUCUCUGCCAUUGAACCCAAACUAAUUAUUUAAGCCUCAAACGACUACUUGAACUUAAAAGACUUUCUUUCAAUGUCUCAAAAACGAGAAAUUGAUUCGAACAGCCCAGUCGCAAAAAGAAAAUGUUGGCAUGUGUUUCUGUAAAACACAGAUUUGUUACAAUUGUACGUUUCAUUUCAUACUAUCAUAUCAGCGUUUCUAAAGUGAUUUCUGAUUACAUGUAUAUCAGCUGAGUGUCAUCAGGAGCUGGUGGAGAUGGUGAAUGGCGAGAGGCCUCUUUUAGUGAGGCAUCAUAACAUUUUCAGCAGCGAUUCUGCCACCAAUCUGGGUGUUUUUAGUGAGACAUCGUGGCAUUUCCUGUGGUAAUUGUGCCAUCAGAGCUCAUUGUGUUUCAGCAAAACAACAUGGCAUCUUUAACACUGAUUCUGCUGCCAGAACUGGGUGUUUUCAGUGAGAUGUGGCAUUUUCAAGGGUGAUUGUGCACCCAAGACGGGUUGUUUUUUAGGGAGACACCAACCUCAUUUCCAGCAUUUUAUUGUGCCAUCAGGACACAGUUUGUUUUAGCAAGACAUGGCAUUUCUUGUGGUAACUGUGCACCCAAAACUGGAUGUUUUUAGCAACACAUUGGCAGCUUUUCCACUGGUGAUUGUGCCACCAAAACUUGGCAUUUUUUUUAACGAGACAUUGAGGUAUUUCCAGUUUUCAUUGUGGCACCACAGCUGGGUAUUUUAAGCCCAGACAUGAUCUCUUCCCAAACAUUACCAAGUGUUUUUUGUGCCUAAACAUGACCAAACGUUAACCACGGCAACAUACAAGUGUUACACUCAACAGAAACGUUCAAUGCCAACAUUUAUUCUGGUGAUUGGGUUGUUUUAAAACGGGUAUAUGCACUUAUUAAACUGCAGGGAUGGCUUGAUUUUCCUCUGUAGUGCAUCCUGACUUGGUUGCUUUUUGGUAUCUGCAACAUGAGCAAUCACAGCAUUUAGAAACAUUCCCACUAACACGUUUGAGUAAGUGUCGAUACAGUGUUUUAUUUAUUUCAAGUGUAGUACAGUAUGAAAGCUUUAAUGCAUUUUUAGCCUCCUCUGAGACCACUGUAGUCGUAGAUCAGUCUCCCACGUCUGCGUAUUGUUUCACUGCAUGCCUGUGUGUACUGUAAACGUUCUCUCCGUCACUGUGUGUGUGUCUGUAGUCGCCUUUGAGCUCUGACUGUGUUUGAUAUCAGUGAGUGUGUGUCAAUGAGUCUGUCUCAUACCCGUGUGCUGUGAUGUUUCUAGUUGUUUUGUAGUUGAUGUUCCAUUUAAAGCUUAGCGACAAUACAGUGUGUACCAGAAUCAGACAGAACGGCUCAUUCUAGUU